AUGCAGCAUAGUCAUUCAGAAGAGAUAUGGGAAGAAAGUAAUUCUACGUUGAAUUUGGACAAUGCAUCUCCAGGAGUGAUGAGAGAGUUUUUAGUUUGGAAGGAUUCCACUGGGAAAACAAAAGUCCAUUUGGAUAGUUGUGUGUUUAGGACUCAGUCUGAUAAGGCAUCAUGUAAAUGUCCAAUAAGGCGUGCUGCGUCAUCAUUAGAUACAUUGAUCGGUCAGCUGAGGGCGAUUUUUAGAGAUCAUGGCAGAGGGUCAGACUGGAAUGAGGUAUUCGGUUUCGGUAACCCGAUGGCUGCUCCAUCAAUAAAAAGGCAUCUCCAGGCUGUUACUUUGGAACAAUCUAAGGCUCUAGUUCAACCGUGUCAGGCUAUGCCAUUAUUCUUCGAUAAGAUUGUGAGAAUGUGUAGGGUAAUUAAUUAUGAACUUGCUCAUAAGGAUAGGCUAUCUGGCAAGAAGCGGUAUGCUCUUGCUAGAGACAAACCAUAUUUUACCCUUAUGUGCUUUACGGGAGAUAGAGCUGGUGAUGUUGGAAGGCUUAAAAGAGAUCAAAUUCGUUGA